GUUGAAUUGUCUCAAUCUCCUUUACCUGUUUACUGGAAACAACAUUUGGAGAAGAGAAGAAGCCAAAUGAGGAGCUGUUUCUUUUGUUGUAGAUAGAAUAAGAUAAACCAUCCUCCUUACCAUACAACAUCAGAGCCACAAAUGCAGCUAAGGGAGUCCAUCCAAAAGACCAAGCGCUUUUUUCACAUAACCCUCCAAAAUCUCAAGGCCUUCCUCUUUAGAGGGUACCAAAAACUACCCGAAACCCCACCCUGCAACCCCUUCUCUUGCAGCAGUUGCAAAAACCAGAAAAAACAUCAGCUAGAUCAUAUCUAUGCAGAUUUUUCUGAUCAAUGGGAGUCAGACCAAGAUAGGGACAAAAGAAGAAAGAUGAAGGGUAUAAUGUCAUCAAAAGAGCUGGUGAAGGAAGAAGACAAUUGUAGUGGAAACUUUGUGAAGUUGGCAAAGCAGAGUCCUGAGAAUAACAAGCAUGAAAAGGGAGGAAAUGAGGAGAUCAAGAACAUGGGAAGUUCCCAUCAAGGAAGGAGAGUACAGCCAUCUUCUUAUCUGGUUGCCAAUGGAGGGGGCUUUGCCUUAUUACAGAAGAUGAAAGAACUGGAGAUGAUGGAUGCAGGUGAUGUGGAUCAUGUGUUGGACAUAGAAGAGGUGCUCCACCACUAUUCUCGCCUUACAUGCCCAAUUUAUCUAGACAUUGUCGACAGCUUUUUCAUGGAGAUGUAUCGCGAAUUCUUCCUUCCACAAGCACCCUCUCUUCGCACUAACAGUUCAAGUAGGAGGCUUGGCCCACUGAAGUUGUAGGUGACCUACUUUCAAGUUCUUUCUUAGCAAGUUCAUCUGUGUGUGUUUGUGCUUUUGAUUUUCAGCUUCCUAGUCCUCUCUACUAUUGUUGUUCCUUGCUUAAGUGUGUUCCUCCUUACAGUAUAGAAGUCUGCAAAUUUGUCCACUGCUACCUCUUCACCUCAUCCUUAGACUAAUUAUUCUUGAUUUCAAAUUUCUCUUCUACAAUGGUGCUUAGAUGCUGUGAAGAUUUGCCUUUGAUUAUAAGUCAUAAUAAGUCUUCUUUUA